GACAAUAUUUGUCAUUUUCUCCCCUCUUCUUUCUGUGUAACUUCCAAUCAACAAACAUAGUACGAUUAACAUAGUUUUUUUCAUCUUAAUUCAUUCAUAAUCUUAUAUAUUUAAGUUUUCUUGGAUAUUCAUUUGUAGUAAAAAGAUGGCAGGAGGUGGAGGAGAUCAAGAAACAAAUUUAGAAUUUACACCAACAUGGAUUGUUGCCUUAGUCUGCACUGUCAUAGUUGCUAUAUCUCUUCUUGUUGAAAGAAUUAUUCACUAUGGUGGCAAGUAUUUGCUCAAGAAAAACCAAAAGCCACUCUAUGAAGCCUUACAAAAGAUCAAAGAAGAGUUGAUGUUGUUGGGAUUCAUAUCACUGUUAUUGACAGUGUUGCAAGAGAGAAUUCUUAAAAUAUGUAUCCCAAAACACUUGACUAAUCACUGGCUCCCUUGUAAAAAGGAUGAUGAUGUCAAUGAAACUGUCCACUUUCAGACUAAUUUCUUCUCUUUAAUUCCGGGAGGAAGGCGCCUUCUUGCUGAAUCUGCUAAUUCUGGUUAUUGUGAGGCGAAGGACAAGGCACCAUUGUUAUCUCUCACAGCAUUGCAUCAUCUCCAUACCUUUAUCUUUGUGCUGGCUGUUUCACAUGUUACUUUCUCAGCUCUUACAAUUCUAUUUGGAGGUAUAAAGAUACGUCAGUGGAAAUCUUGGGAGGAUUCUAUCCAGAAAGAGGAAUAUAAUCCAGAAGAAGUACUUCGAUCGAAAGUAACACAUGUUCAUGAUCAUGAUUUUAUCAAGGGCCGGUUUCUAGGAUUUGGUAAAAGAUCAACUUUAUUAAGUUGGCUGCAUUCCUUCGUCAAGCAAUUCUUUGGAUCUGUCACAAAAUUGGACUACACAACCUUGAGGCUUGGCUUCAUUAUGACUCAUUGCAAGGGGAAUCCAAAGUUCAAUUUUCACAAGUAUAUGACACGCGUGCUUGAAGCUGAUUUCAAGAAAGUUGUUGGGAUUAGCUGGUAUCUUUGGGUAUUUGUGGUCUUGUUCCUAUUGCUUAAUGUUCAUGGCUGGCACGCAUACUUUUGGAUAGCAUUCGUUCCCUUUGGUCUUUUGCUUGCUGUGGGGACUAAACUAGAGCAUGUAAUAACUCAACUUGCUGGAGAGGUUGCUGCAAAACACAUCGCGGUAGAAGGAGAUUUAGUUGUGAAGCCAUCAGAUGAUCAUUUCUGGUUUCAUAGACCGCGACUAGUCCUUUUCCUCAUUCAUAUCAUCCUUUUCCAGAACUCCUUUGAGAUUGCAUUUUUCUUCUGGAUUUGGGCUCAAUAUCGUUUCAACUCCUGCAUCAUGGGACAAGUUGGUUAUAUCAUCCCUCGACUUGUCAUAGGGGUGUUUGUUCAAUUCCUUUGCAGUUAUAGUACUCUACCACUAUAUGCAAUUGUCACACAGAUGGGAAGUUCCUUCAAGAAAGAAAUAUUCGACGAGUAUAUACAAGAUGGGCUUGUUGUUUGGGCUAAGAAGGCUAGAAGGAGAGCUGUCAAUGGCUCCAACCAAGUAGGACAUAAAGAGUCCACUUCUCCUAUGGCUGUGCAGCUAGCACAAGUAGAAACACAAGUAUCUGCUAUGGAAGAGGGCAAUGGGGGAGAAAUUAGGCACGCGACCGACCAACUCAACUCCAAAGUAAAUUAAGCCAACAACCAACAUUCCUCAGAUAUCUCAAAGCUGUUAAGACUGUAGAGAAACUUGUAAAAAGUGAGUUAUGCAGUACAUAACUCAGCAAGAAAAAGAAUGGUAUAAAAUUUUUUUUGGAGCAAACUCAGUUUGUACUAAUGUACUAGAUAUAUGUUGAUUACUUUUUUGUUUUAAUUAAUGUGAUACAAGUGUAAUUUGGAGCCAUUCAAAAAUUUAUAUUUUUUAAAAAGAUUUUUAAGUUAUU